GCUGACCGCGCUGGCUGCGGUCUCUCCCAGGGCGGGCACGCAGGGGCCGCGCCCAGCCCGCGCCCAACUCCUGCCCUCCCUGCCCCCCGCCGAAACAGAUUGGUUCACAGGGAUCUCUCAGUUCUCUCCGCCCCUCCCCCGCCAAGCCAAAAUAUUUAGCCUGACAACUGAGGGGAGAAGAGAUCUGUUGGGGAAAUAAGGCCAAAAUACAGGGGAGGGUGGGUCAAGAACUGAGCGUCCCCAAACUCCGCUGUGGCUGCGACGGGUCCCCCCAACCCCUUAGCCACACCGCAGGCUUCUUCCAAGUGGGCUGCACGGCCGGAGGGGCAGCCAGCGCCCGGGCUUCUGGGGAGCGCUGUGUCUAGAUUCUGCUCCCCGGUGCCUUGACAUCUGCGGGGUAACUUCUGGCAGCCUCGACCCGGGAGAACCUGGACAGCCCAUGGCCUCUCGGAGCCUCUCUCAGCCUCCGAGGAGGCCGCCUUGUCCUCUUUGGAGACCCCUUAGUGCCAGGCUCCCUCACUGACUAGUACCUUGAUUCUGACCAAGAUCCCGAUCAAGAGGGCGAUCACUGUGUGGGGCUCUGCCUCCCUUUAGUCACUUUCUUGAGCUCAGGCUUCUCGGUCAGUCUGUGUGUCCCUGUCUCGGGAACUUGGGGGGCCGUCCGUGCUGGGGUCUUGGCAGAGAGGAGAACCGUGACCCUCUAGGAGGCUGUCCUUCGCUUGCUCCCUGGGGCCUUACCUGUCCCCCCGCCAAGAGAGACCCCUCUCCCCCUCUCUCUCCACAGCUUGAGACGGAUGGGCUCCGGCAGCCACAGAGGCUGGCGCGGUGGGAGGGGUUAGGACCAGCCUUCUGCUGCCCUGGGUGCUGGAGAUCCCGGGACUUUCCAGGUGCGCGGCCUCCAGGGGCGGACGGGUCCUCAGUUCCACACGGGGGCGGCUCCCGCGUCGGAGGAGCUAAGAGAAGAUCUAUUAAUUUCUUCACGAAUAAAUCGAUGCUCUUGUCAGGGAGGCGAUCCAUGUCGGCCCUGUCCUGCCCCGGGGCCAGCGCUGACUGGCCGGGGUCAGGGACUGAAGCUGGGACCCGAAACGUUGCGCAUUGGGGGCUGCAGAUCGCGCCCCCAGCCACCGGCCCGGGCGGGGAGCUUGUACCUUUGCGCGCGGGCUUCUCGCGCCACCCUGUGGCCUCUCUUGGAGGCGCGGUCUUGGCUCACUCGACUCCCUUCGGCCGAAUUAGGCGACCCCUUCCCUUUCUCUGGCCGGUCAGUGUCUUCCUCCCAGCUUCUGCAAUUGAUCCUUUUAUAAUCCUUUUCCUUUUCUUCCCAGAGUUCGGAGUGUUCUACCUAACUUACUCCAGGUGACAUGCGCACUUCCCCAGGCACUCGCUCCGUGAGGAUGGAGCGCCGAGGCUGGGGCUGGCUAGGUUGACCUGGACGGCAACCUUCACUAACUCAGUCAUCUCCCCGCCUCCCCAAAUGUAAAAAUGCAGCUGCUUUAAGCUGGGAGAAAUAACGUAUCAAUUUCCCACUCCCAGCCUCAGCAGACACCUCCCAGCCGUUCUGCAGCAGCCCCUCCGCAUCUCCCGGAGCUGGGGGCAUCCUCGGGGAGAAGGUUGACCCUGGGGGCCCCUAACAGCGGAGGGGACGGAGUUGGGGGCGUCAGAGGGGAGGAAAGGGGGUGGAGACAAGGGGCGGGGCGGGGACGGGCGGGGGCCUCUGGCUCCGCCCUUUCCUGGCGGCUGGGUCUUUAACACCGCCCGGCGCACAUGUCGGGGGAGGCCCGGCAGCUGCAGCUGCGAGCGCACAGACGGCUGCCCCGCCAGAGCUAGGCGGGCACCGCCGCGAUGCUGCGAGGCGGACGGCGCGGGCAGCUCGGCUGGCACAGCUGGGCUGCGGGGCCAGGCAGCCUGCUGGCUUGGCUGAUGCUGGCAUCUGCAGGCGCCGCACCCUGCCCCGAUGCCUGCUGCCCCCACGGUCCCUCGGGACUGCGAUGCACCCGGGAUGGGGCCCUGGAUAGCCUCCACCACCUGCCCGGCGCAGAGAACCUGACUGAGCUUUACAUUGAGAACCAGCAGCAUCUGCAGCAUCUGGAGCUCCGUGACCUGAGGGGACUGGGGGAGCUGAGAAACCUCACCAUCGUGAAGAGUGGUCUCCGUUUCGUGGCGCCAGAUGCCUUCCAUUUCACUCCUCGGCUCAGUCGCCUGAAUCUCUCCUUCAAUGCUCUGGAGUCUCUCUCCUGGAAAACCGUGCAGGGCCUCUCCUUACAGGAACUGGUCCUAUCGGGGAACCCUCUGCACUGUUCCUGUGCCCUGCGCUGGCUACAGCGCUGGGAGGAGGAGGGACUGGGCGGAGUGCGUGAGCAGAAGCUGCAGUGUCAUGGGCUGGGCCCCCUGUCCCAUAUGCCCAAUGCCAGCUGUGGUGUGCCCACGUUGAAGGUCCAGCUGCCCAACGCCUCCGUGGAUGUGGGGGACGACGUGCCACUGCGUUGCCAGGUGGAGGGGCGGGGCCUGGAGCAGGCCGGCUGGAUCCUCACGGAGCUGGAGCAGUCAGCCACAGUGAUGAAAUCUGGGGCUCUGCCAUCCCUGGGGCUGACCCUGGCCAAUGUCACCCGUGACCUCAACAGGAAGAACGUGACGUGCUGGGCAGAGAACGAUGUGGGCCGGGCAGAGGUCUCUGUUCAGGUCAACGUCUCCUUCCCGGCCAGCGUGGAGCUGCUGCACUCGGUGGAGAUGCACCACUGGUAUCCCUUCUCUGUGGACGGGCAACCGGCACCGUCUCUGCGCUGGCUCUUCAAUGGUUCGGUGCUCAAUGAGACCAGCUUCAUCUUCACCGAGUUCCUGGAGCCGGCGGCCAAUGAGACCGUGCGGCACGGCUGCCUGCGCCUCAACCAGCCCACCCACGUCAACAAUGGCAACUACACGCUGCUGGCCACCAACCCCCUUGGCCAGGCCGCUGCCUCCAUCAUGGCGGCCUUCAUGGACAACCCUUUCGAGUUCAACCCCGAGGACCCCAUUCCUGUCUCCUUCUCGCCAGUGGACACUAACAGCACAUCUGGAGACCCAGUGGAGAAGAAGGACGAAACCCCUUUUGGGGUCUCGGUGGCUGUAGGCCUGGCCGUCUUUGCCUGCCUCUUCCUUUCGACGCUGCUCCUUGUGCUCAACAAAUGGGGACAGAACAAGUUUGGGAUCAACCGCCCGGCUGUGCUGGCUCCAGAGGACGGGCUGGCCAUGUCCCUGCAUUUCAUGACAUUGGGUGGCAGUUCCCUGUCCCCCACUGAGGGCAAAGGCUCUGGGCUCCAAGGCCACAUCAUUGAGAAUCCACAAUACUUCAGUGAUGCCUGUGUUCAUCACAUCAAGCGCCGGGACAUCGUGCUCAAGUGGGAGCUGGGCGAGGGCGCCUUUGGGAAGGUCUUCCUUGCUGAGUGCCACAACCUCCUGCCUGAGCAGGACAAGAUGCUGGUGGCCGUCAAGGCCCUGAAGGAGGUGUCGGAGAGUGCCCGGCAGGACUUCCAGCGCGACGCCGAGCUGCCACCAAUGCUGCAGCACCAGCACAUCGUGCGCUUCUUCGGGUCUGCCCGAGGCCGCCCCCUGCUCAUGGUCUUUGAGUAUAUGCGGCACGGGGACCUCAACCGCUCCUCCGGUACCAGUCCCUGGCUCUGGGCCCCGUCAUCCCUCCCCGAUAAGCACAACCCUGCUUGUCUUUCCAACCAAGGGGAGACACCAAGGAGGAUCAGGAGGCACAUUCCCAUCCCGAGUCCCAGGGAGCUCUGAGACGAUAGAGGAGGCAGAUGUGUGAAUGGGGGGUAACUCUUGCAAAGGACAAGUGUCAGUAAGUCAGCGGGGUUGCGAUGGCCAAGACCAUGAGCUAAAACUCUGGGUGAGUGGGCUUCGCAGAAGGUGUAUGUGCAUGUGUGUGGCACACAAGGGCCAGGGCCUGUAAGGGUGGCAGUUUAAUAAUGACAAUAGGAACAGUAACGAGCACGGAUAAGGCACCUUCCAUGUUCAGAGUGCUGUUAUAUCCUUACAAUUUAUUCUUUUUUAUUUUUAAAAAGGUAUUAUGUUAUUGUUUUAGAGCGGGUCUUGCUCUCUUGCCUAGGCUGGAGUGCAGCCUCAGACCCCUGGGCUCAAGCGAUUCUCCCACCUCAGCCUCCCAGUAGCUGGGGCUACGGGUGCACCUCACUGCACCUGGCUCUACAAUUCGUUCUUAUUAUGGUUCUGUGUGCUGGUACAAAAUAUCUUGUACAGUAAUACAAACAUGUAUUUAUUUUUAUGGCCUCCAGGCAUAUAUU